UUAGAAGGCAUAUUUUGUUUCAAACUAUAGUCCAACAGCCUUCUUGCAAAAUUAACCAUAUAGGAUGCUACAUUUGAAUUUAUCAAAGAAAAGCUAGGAUGUCAAGGAAAAAGGAAGUACAAAUUCAGAUUGAAGUCUCUAACGAAGAACAAUGGAAAGAGGCAUUGUUGGCCCCAGGACUUCUUGUUGUAGAUGUCUACCAGAGAUGGUGCGGCCCAUGCAAGGCUGUGCAGAACAUUUUUAGAAAAUGUAAAACUGAAUACGGAGAUGACCUGUUGCGCUUUGCUGUGGCAGAGGCUGACGAUAUACUUGAGUUAAGUUCACUUAAAGGGAAAUGUCUACCAGUCUGUCUUUUUUACUCUGGUGGUAAAUUGUUGUCUAUAGUAAGAGGAGUAAAUGGACCUCUGCUACAAAAAACUAUACUGGAACUGGUGGAUGUGGAGAAAAAGAAACAACAACUGGGCUCCAAAUAUGUACCUGAGGUCCAGGAACUCUUUUUAGACGACAAUCAUCAAGAAGGAAUCAAAUCUCCAUCCAGUCAAAAUGUCGACAUAGAUAUUGAUGAUCAUGGUACAUAUUGUGUGGUCAUCAUAAAACCAGAUGCUGUAGCAGGAGGUCAAGUGGAAGCAAUCAGAAAAAAAGCUUUAGAUGCUGGUUAUUCAAUUGUAGCAGAGGAGGAGAGGGUUUUGGAUAAAGACCUGAUUCAUACUCUUUAUGAGGAGAAAGCAGAACAGCCAGAGUUUGUAAAGUCAAUGUCCAGUGGGCCUGUCCACACGUUGAUUCUGUCCAAGAGAGAUAAAGUGAGAGAGGAAGAGUCUCCAUUGACAGCCAUUACAGAUCUUGAACUUGCAGAGCUCAUCCAGCCAAAGAAAAGGUCAAAUUAUGUCCAGGAGGUGGAUAUGGGCCUGUCAGACUGCAGCAUUGAGAUGGACAGCAGGCAACUGGCUUUCUUCUUUCCUACCCUAAAUGUAACUUCAGACACACAAGCUGGAUCCAUUUCAGAGAUUCAAAAGACCCUUGCUCUUAUUCGUCCAAGUCUUCUUAGAAAGAGAAAAGAUGAGAUCUUGAAGACAAUCCAUGACUUUGGAUUCCAGAUAGCAAUGCAGAGAGAGAUAACCCUCACUGACGAACAGGCCAAAGAGUUUUACAAGGACCAUGAUGGCACUGACUAUUUCCCAGGCCUUAUAAACCAAAUGACUAGUGGUCCCCUUUUGGCUUUGGCCUUGACACGAGAGGAUGCUGUCCUACACUGGAGAGGUUUACUCGGUCCAAAAGUUGUUGAUGAGGCCAAAGAAAAAUCCCCUGAAAGUCUCCGAGCCCAGUUUGCCAUCGACAACGUUGCCAUCAACCAGCUUCAUGGCAGCUCCACUCCAGAGGAGGCUCAGAGAGAUCUUAACAAAUUUUUUCCGACAGAGCACACUCUGGCCGUGAUCAAACCUGACUAUACACAAGAACUCAGAGAUAGCAUUAUCAAUCGAAUUAAAGAGGCUGGGUUCAGCAUUUCCCAAGUCACAGAAAAAAAACUAACACGAGACAUGGCAGAAGAGUUCUACAAAGACCACGUUGGAAAAUACUUCUACAAUCACUUGGUUGACUACAUGUCAAGAGGACCAUCCGUCAUGAUGAUCCUGAGCAAAGAAAAUGCUAUCACAGAAUGGAGAGAGAUGAUGGGGCCUACUGAUCCUGAACAGGCAAAGCAAGGCAGCCCAAACUGUCUACGUGCACAGUUUGCCAAGAGCAUCUUGGAGAAUGUAGUGCAUGGCUCGUCCAAUGUCCAGCACGCCAUGGACAAUAUCAUGUUAAUUUUUGGGGAUAUACCCAAACAAACACUGUUGAAAAAGGAAAAAUGAUAGUCUUACUAUGGCUUUAUAGUGCCUGCGUGUGAGUAGACCUACAAAUUGGUCUGUAUGGAUGGUUGGACGGCAUCUACUUUAGAGGUACACUAUUGUGUGAGAUUUUUCCAAUAAUAAAAUAAACCGUGAACCUCAAAUCAAAGUUUAUUUGUUACAUGCAUACAAUAAAGAAGAUGUAAACAGUACAGGGAAAUGUAAAAAAAAAAAACAGGUUAGAGUAGACAAUAGAAAAAAAGAGUGUAAACAAUGCUGGCUGUAUACAAUAAAUUGUGAAAAAACAGUAAUUCAUCAUAAACAGAAGAACAUAUAUGGCUGUAGUUUAAUGACUUUAACCUAUUGUGGAUUGUUAUUAAAACCAACUUUUAACCUGUGUUUAGCAAAAUUGAGUUGUCUGUGGGCAUGUGUCCUAUU